AUGGGUGACGCCGAUAUCACAGCAUCAUCUUGGAGACUGGUGGAGGUUGGGCGCAUCUGCCUCAUCCAUGGAGGACCCUCAGACGGCAAGCUAGCCGCGAUCGUUGAGAUCAUCGACCACAAGCGCGCCCUCAUUGAUGGACCAGCAACCGACGUCAAGACCGCCGUUCCCCGUCAAGCAAUCUCCCUCGCCAAUGUUAUUCUUACCCCUCUGGUCCUCGAGAAACUCCCCCGGAGUGCACGAACUGGCGUUGUAAAGGCGGCAUGGGAGCAGGCCGGUAUUGAGGCAAAAUGGCAGGAGAGUUCGUGGGCCAAGAAGCGUGCUCAAAGAGAGCGGAGACGGGCAUUGACAGACUUCGAGCGCUUCAAGGUUAUGAGACUGAAGAAGCAGGCACGUUUCGAGGUCCGGAAGUCGUUGGCCAAGGUCAAGGCUUCUGCGAACUAG